AUGCACUCCCUCUUCUUGAUCUGCUUCUCGUCCUUCGUUGCGGGUGCAGCUCUCGACCCGCGUGAUCCAGUGCCAUCUGGAUUCUCCGCCCCUCCAUACUAUCCUACACCCCACGGAGGAUGGCUAUCGGCAUGGGGCGAAAGCUACCGCAAGGCUGCGUUGCUUGUGGCGAACAUGACACUCGCUGAGAAGACCAAUAUCACUUCUGGUACUGGAAUUUUCAUGGGUCGAUGCGUUGGCAAUACAGGCAGUGCUCUGCGAGUUGGAAUACCCCAGCUCUGUCUCCAGGAUGGUCCGCUUGGUGUUCGAAACAGCGACCACAACACUGCUUUUCCACCCGGGAUCACCGUAGGUGCGACAUGGGACAAAGAUCUUAUGCGUCGCCGUGGCGUUGCAAUUGGAGAAGAGUUUCGAGGGAAAGGCGUCAAUAUACACCUAGGCCCCAGUGUCGGUGCUCUGGGACGGAAACCUCGCGGAGGCAGAAACUGGGAGGGCUUCGGGUCAGAUCCCGUUCUGCAGGCUUUCGGUGGAGCUCUGACGGUCGAAGGAGUGCAGAGCGUUGGCGUAAUUGCAACGAUGAAACACUUGGUCGCCAACGAGCAAGAGACGUACAGGAUGUACAGUCUCGUCAAGCCAGGCAUCUCGUCCAAUCUGGACGAUAGGACUAUGCACGAGCUGUACCUGUGGCCAUUUGCUGAGGGAGUUCGAGCCGGAGUUGGAUCUGUUAUGAUCGCGUAUAAUGCUGUCAAUGGAUCCGCUUCUGCGCAGAACAGCUAUCUGAUGAACGGCCUCCUCAAGGAUGAACUUGGCUUUCAAGGCUUCGUCAUGUCGGACUGGCUCGCCCAAAUCUCCGGCGUCGCAUCAGCACUGGCUGGGCUCGACAUGUCGAUGCCAGGCGAUAGGAACGAGAUACCACUUUUGGGCAACUCAUACUGGAUGUAUGAUUACAGUCGCGCUGUACUGAAUGGCUCCGUACCUGUGGAUCGCCUGAAUGAUGCCGUCACUCGCAUACUGGCAGCGUACUUCCAAAUGGGCCAGGACCAGAACUACCCACGUCCCAACUUUGACACCAACACUCAAGACGCUGAGGGACCACUGUAUCCUGGAGCAUUGCUUUCUCCGAGAGGAGUCGUCAACGAGUUUGUCGACGUCCAAGGUGAUCACGCAGAAAUUGCAAGAGAAGUCGCUAGAGAUGCUAUCACGCUGCUCAAGAAUCAAGGCAAUAUUCUGCCACUGCCAGAAAAAGCUAAUCUGAAGAUAUUCGGUACGGAUGCCGAGAAGAAUCCUGACGGUAUCAAUUCAUGCGCUGAUCAGGGAUGCAAUAAGGGCACACUGGGCAUGGGCUGGGGGAGCGGUUCAGCCCGUUAUCCGUACAUGGAUUCACCCAUUGAUGGCUUCAAGGCCCGAGGGUCAAACUACCAAUUCUUCGACACGGACUCAUUCCCUUCCAAUUCUAAUCCAGCUCCGAAUGACACCGCCAUUGUCUUCGUGAGCGCUGAUUCCGGGGAGAACUACAUCACGGUAGAGGGCAAUCCGGGAGACCGCACUUCAUCUAACCUUGACUUAUGGCACAAUGGCAACAAGCUAAUCCAAGACGUGGCCGCCAAAUACUCGAAUGUUGUUGUGGUCGUACACACAGUCGGACCUAUUGUCAUGGAGACCUGGCAUGAUUUGCCAUCAGUCAAGGCUGUGCUUUUUGCUCAUCUUCCAGGUCAAGAAGCAGGGAAUUCUUUGAUGGAUGUUCUCUUUGGCGAUGUCUCACCAUCAGGUCAUCUUCCCUACACACUGCCAAAGUCUGAGAAGGACUACCCCAGCUCUGUCAGUCUAGUCGGUUACCAGCUUGGUCAGCCGCAAGACACUUUCACAGAAGGGUUGUACGUCGAUUACAGACACUUCCACCAAGCAAACAUCGCGCCACGAUAUGCUUUUGGUCAUGGGUUGAGUUACACCUCAUUUUCCUUCUCGGAUGCCUCUAUUAAGGUCGUUACACCGUUGACAUCUGUGCCACCGAACCGCCCAGCAAAGGGCGCAACCCCUACGUACUCGACUACCAUUCCACCUGCGUCGGAAGCUUAUUGGCCGGAAAACUUCAAUCGCAUAUGGCGGUAUCUUUACUCGUGGCUCGAGAAGAAGGAUGCGGACGAUGCUGCGAAAGCUGCCAAUUCCUCUACCAAAUACCCAUACCCUGUAGGGUAUUCCAACGUGCAGCGUCCAGGACCUGCAGCGGGUGGCGCACAGGGAGGCAAUCCUGCACUCUUUGAUGUUGCGUACGAGAUAUCAGUCUCUGUCACAAACACCGGUGCUAGAGCGGGCAAAGCAGUCGCGCAGCUAUACAUACAGUUCCCACAGGAUCUUACGAUCGAUACACCAAUAAUCCAACUGCGCGACUUCGAAAAGACAAGCACACUGCAACCGGGCGCAAGCCAAACACUCCGUCUAAGAGUAACCAGAAAGGACUUGAGUGUGUGGGAUACAGUAUUCCAGAAUUGGCUGAUACCAGCUGUCAGCGGUGACUACGGAAUUUGGCUGGGAGAUAGCUCAAACAACCUGCAUCUGAGGUGUAGCACGGCGAGUACGAGCUGCGCUGAAGAACAAGCAGGCCCAGUUUGA